GGAGAAAUAAAGAAAAAACGGAAAAAUGUUUUCUCAUAAUAUCUCCCCUUUCCCUAUUUGGCAAAAAAAUAUCAGCCCUUACUACUUACUCUUACUAUAUAUAGAGAUAGCUUUACACUAGUUUAAGUGCAUAUUUUCUCAACAAAACAACCCUCAACUCAAACAAUCAUACAAAAUGUGUCAUCUUAAAACCCUUGUAUUCAUCUUUCUCAUGCUCAACAUGCUAGUUACCCCAUCUCUAGCUCGCCAUAAUGCUGCCUUUGGCGAAAACAAAGAACAGAAAAUGGAUAAAAUAGCGAUAAUAAUAUCAUUACCACCCUCCUCACCCUCACCUUCACCCUCACCCUCACCUUCAGCAGAAGCAGCUGACACUCAACUCAAUGAGGAGACAACAACUGGCGCUACGGGCUCGGGUCAUGGCCGGAACUGGUCUUACGGUUGGGGCUGGACAUCAGGGCCUACUAGUGGUUCCGGAUACGGCUAUGGUUCAGCCCAAUCCCCUAGUGAAUCCAAAUAUUCACCUGGUGCUGGGUCAGGGUCCGGAUCAGGGUCUGGCUCAGGGUCUGGAUCCGGGUCAGGGUCUGGUUCUGGAUCUGGGUCAGGAUCCGGGUCUGGAUCAGGGUCAGGGUCCGGCUCAGGGUCUAGGCCUGGUCCAGUCCCUAGUUCUAGAAACUGAUAUGGGUAAAACUGGUCACGACUCACGAGGCGGUGGUGCGGGUGGAGCCGGGGAAGUGGCGGAGGAGGUGGGUAUGUAAUGGAACUAUUUCAAAGUUGAAAUCUUGGCUAGUUAUUCAUGUAAUGUGUUAGUUUAUAUGUAAGCUGUUACUCAAUUUAUAUGGAUAAUAUAGUAUGCCGUAUGCAUGCACAGAUGCACUCAAUUUAUAUACUGUAAUGUACUCAUAUUAUGCAUGUCACUAGAGUGCUUUCGUGCAUCAUCAAUAAAAUCAUAAUAUGUACUC